AUGACCGAAAAGUACCCAAGAUUGGAAGACAGCAAAAAAUGAACAAAAUGUCCAACACCUUAGCAGUUUAGCAGCGGCAGAAGCAGCAUCUUUUGGUAUCUGCAUUUGCAGGAAGUCAGAAUAAAGUGCAAACGAAAAGCCCAGAAAAAGGCCUGACCAACCAACAAGGCAGUCUUAGAUUCUUGUAAAAAUUUUGUUGAUGGGAAAUACAGAAUCAACUUCUGGUGACACAUCUCGAGACUUUCCACAUGAAGCCUCCGGAUAUGCUGGAAAUCCAGUUGAUCCUAGUUAUCAACACCAACAUCCAAUCUAUGCUGGAAAUCCAGUGGACACUAAAUAUCAGCAGCAGCCACCAGCAUCUGCAACAAGUUCAUUGAACAGUAACAACCAGAGGAAGCAUCGACCAACCUAUAUAGCUGAUAACUUCAAUUCACUAGAAGAGGUGGUUACUGCAUUAAGAGAAGAAGGCCUCGAAUCAUCAAAUUUAAUUCUGGGAAUUGAUUUUACACAGAGUAAUGAGUGGACAGGAAAGUAUUCAUUCAACAGGAGAAGCCUUCAUGCAAUGGGCACUACACCUAAUCCAUAUCAGCAAGCUAUCUCCAUCAUUGGGCGGACAUUAUCACCUUUUGAUGAAGAUAAUUUGAUACCUUGUAUCGGAUUUGGGGAUGCAUCCACACAUGAUCAGCAUGUGUUCAGCUUUUACCCUGACCAUCGACCUUGCCACGGAUUUGAAGAAGCUCUUGCAAGAUAUAAAGAGAUUGUGCCUCACCUAAAGUUAUCAGGUCCAACAUCCUUUGCACCAAUAAUUGAUUCUGCAGUUGAUAUUGUAGAGAGAAGCAAUGGGCAAUAUCAUGUCCUUGUAAUUAUUGCUGAUGGACAGGUUACUAGGAGUUCCAAUACACCACAUGGAAGGUUUAGUCGACAAGAGCAGGCAACUAUUAAUUCUAUAGUUGCUGCAAGUGAAUAUCCUCUUUCAAUCAUUCUUGUUGGUGUCGGGGAUGGACCUUGGGAUGAAAUGCAACAAUUUGAUGACAACAUUCCUCAACGUGCUUUUGACAAUUUUCAGGUACUUGCUAACAAAAUCAAAUUUAUUUUGUGCUUAACAUUAACAUACUCCAGGCAACUGUAUACUUGAUAGUCCACAUUGUAGA